UUCAUCCCCCUUUAUCAUCCACCAUCACCGCCGUUCAUCAUCAUCAUCAUCAUCAUCAUCAUCGCCCCCACCACCACCACCACUACCACCACCACCAUCAUCCUCCUCGCCACGAUGUCUCGGCGCAAGCAGCCCAACCCCAACAAAGUCAAGCCAGUCAUGGAAAACUCCACAGAGGAGCCGCGAGAAGGGGGAGGAGCCAACACUGAGAUAAACGAGGAGGAGGCAGAGCUAACAGAGGAGAAAACGCACAGUAACCUCAAAGGAGCGAUCAACGGAGUGAUGGAGGCGGCAGCGAGCGGAGGAGAGAAGCUACAGAACGGAGACCGAGGAGGAGGUGGAGGUGGAGGAGGAGGAGUCAUGGGAGCUGAAGGAGGAGGCGACCUGUCCUCCAUCAACGCCAUGAUGUCAACGGUGAUGUCGGCAGCGGGGACCAUCAACGGUGGAGGAGAUGGAGAAGGAGAGAGUGGCGUCACCUCAGCCAACUCCUCCGCCGGGCCCUCCCCAAGCCCCUCCCCCAGCAAGUCGCUGACGGCAGCCAUGAGAGCCCCACCCAGCCGGAACGCCCGACGCAACCAGGACACCAAAGAAGACAGCUCAGCUUAUAUCUGUCCGCUUUGUGACAAGAGCUGUCAGACACAACACCAGCUCACCAUGCACAUCAGACAGCACAAUGCAGACGCCGGCGCGACGGACCACUCCUGCAGCAUCUGCGGGAAGUGCCUGAGCUCGGCCUCGUCGCUGGACCGGCACAUGUUGGUCCACAGCGGGGAGAGACCCUACAAGUGUAGCAUCUGCGGACAGACCUUCACCACCAACGGCAACAUGCACAGACAUAUGAAGAUCCAUGAGAAGGACCCGGCCAGCGGUCUGCUCCCCGUCAGCCCCCCCUCCCCGACCAAACGCCGCCGUCCGUCCGUCAAGAGGAGGCAGGGCCCGGAGGAGGAGAACGGAGAGGAGCCGCCCAGCAAGAAGGUGGUGGACGACGCGGCGGCGGAGGACUCGGUGGUAGCGGUUCGCGGAUCGGAGGAGGAGCUGCUGCCCUGUCCCAUCUGCUUCAAGACCUGCAGCUCCAGGCUGGAGCUGGAUGCCCACAUGGACGCGCACCCGGACACCGCGCUGAGGUGUGACCUCUGCUGCCUUUCUUUCCGAACUCACCGCGGUCUGUUGCGUCACAAUGCGGGGGUUCAUAAGCUCCUUCCCCAGGACCCCAGUGGCCGCCCCUUCAUCCAAAACAACCCCUCCAUCCCCACUGGCUUCAACGACCUGGCCUUCAUCGACUUCUCUUGCAAGAAGUUUGCUAACAUUGCACAGGUUUGGUGUGAGACAAACCUUCGUCGCUGUAUCAGUAAGUUCCACCGGUUCAUCUGUGAUAGUUGUGACAAGGCGUUCCCCCUUCGCUCUGCCCUCGAUCUCCAUAAAACCACCUCCCACCCCGACAAACCCGCCGCCACCGACACGGCGGAAAACGCGGAGAAAGCCGAAGAGGAUGGGGCUGCGGAAAAUGGUGUCGAGAACGACAGUCAGGAUGUAGAGAAAGAAGUCCUGCCCUCGGAGCAGACCAGCUUCUUGGAAGUGCUUGGUCUUCAGCACAUUUCCACGGUGAAGUCUGGUCCCACAGACGAUGAGAUCCAUCAGGCCCAUCUGGACAGCAUCAAGGUGAUCCACGUGGAGCCGCCAUGCUCCAGCCUUCCCCAGGAGCCGGCCUCUGCCUACCUGUCCGGAGGUCUGGGGCUGACUUUGGGGCUGGGUGUGGGUGGUCUGGCGGCCCUCAGCAUCCCGCUGCUCGAGGCCUCCGCCUUGCAGGGCCUCUCCCAGAAAGACGCCCUCAGCCUGCUGUCCCUGCAGCCCUUCCAGACCGGCUUCCUCCUGCAGCCUGACGGGACCGCCGCAACGGCCAGCGCUGCCUCGUCGGGGGCCAAACCCGGUGAGGCAGGUGGAGCUGGGAUCAUGGAGCUGGCUGACAUCCAGCAGAUCCUCAAAGUGGCAACUGCAACGCCGAAUCAGAUGGGACUGACCCUCCCGCCUCUGGCCAAAGCUCCUGGAUUCACCGGAGGUCAAGGUCAAGUGCAGGGUCAGAAGGCGAUGCCUCCGCUGAAGCCCAAACCUCCCAUCACCCCUCGCUCCAGCCUCACGGCCACGACUCCUCCCCCCCUCCAGAGCUCUCAGCAGGCCUCACUGGGCUGCAUCAGCCCCAGCCUGCCACCUCCGACCCCCUCCCUCUUCAAAACACCUCCCUCGUCGUCCUCCUCGUCCUCAUCCUCCUCCUCAGCUGGGAACGGAGGCCAGAUGGAUGCAGAGUGCAUGGGCGACGCUCACACGCCGUUGUCUGACUCGCCGCCAGCCGCUACCACAACUGUACAAGAGGAGGCAGGGCUUAGCGGGAGGAAGCCAGGAACCAAAUCGGGGAACAACGCCAGUGCCGGCUCGACUAAAGGCUCGUUCCCGUGCCGCUUCUGCGACCAGGUGUUUGCCUUCUCUGGCGUCCUGCAGGCUCACAUGCGCUUCCACCUCGGCAUCCUUCCUCACCAGUGCAACAUCUGCGACUAUGUGGCUCCAGACAAAGCUACGCUGAUCCGACACUUGCGGACGCACAGUGGCGAACGACCGUACGUUUGCCGGGUCUGCCAUUAUCCUUUCACUGUCAAAGCCAACUGCGAGCGCCACCUCAGGAAGAAGCAUGCGAAGACCUCGAGGAAAGACAUUGAGAAGAACAUAAAAUACGUCACCUCCACCACUACGGCAAACAUCACAGCGGCGAUCACCGCCGCAACCACCACCCCCACCCAGGACACAGAGACAGGCUGCAGCGGGGCUGAGACGACGUGUCGGUUCUGCGGUGAGGACCUGAAGACCUACCGGGCGCUGCAGAUCCACCUGCGAACACACAAUGGCUGUCAGAGGAAGCCGUUUGAGUGCCGGCGCUGCGGCGCUGCCUUCCUGGCCAAACGCAACUGCAUCCACCACCUGCUGAAGCAGCACCCCGAGGUGCAAGAGCGGGAGAUUGAGGAGCACAUCGCCACGCUCCAGCCGGCCACCGUGCCCGUUACCACCGCCCCCCCGGCCCGAGCUGCUCCGGUGAAUCAGAUGGUGCUGAAUGGGAUCGGUCAGCCUCCGAUCCAGGCGCUCCAAGCGGUGAAAGUGGAGGAGCUAGCCAACGUGGCUUAUCCUGCAGAACUGGACCAGCCGCUGGACUUCUCUGCUAAGGGUCGUGGAGCCGGAAGCCAGGCGGGGUCUCCUGGGGUCAAACUGGAGAGUGUCUCCCCCAGCUUCGACUGCUCCGUCCUGGACCAGCCCAUCGAUCUGUCCAUCCCCAGCAAGAGGCAGCGGAGAGAGGCAGCGAACGGAGAGAAGAAGGAGAUCAAGACGGAGCAGAGUGGCGGCAGCAUCAUCGAGCAGCAGCAUGCCCUGGCUUUGUCCAAGGAGGAGAAGGCGGGGAGUGCCCUGCCUCCUCUACACCCUCACCCCCAGCUCGGCUGCUACCAGCUCCCUCCUGGAUCCAACCCUCCCCCCGCCUCCCUCCCCAACCUCAACAACUCUGCUCGAGCCCAGCGCCUGAAACCACUGCUGCCCAAGCCGGCCUCCUCCACGUCCUCCUCACCCUCCACUGCCCUGAAAGAGCUCCCUCCUCUGGCCUCCAUCGCUCAGAUCAUCCACUCUGUGUCCGGAGCUCCAGACCUGCUGAAGAGAGAGGCCGCCUCGCUGGAGGGCAAACCCCAGGCGACUGGUGCUGCCUCUCAGGCCGAGUCAGCUGCAGACACCCCGGGAACCUCCGCUGGUCUAGAGACACAGAGCGACGACACGUCUGAGGGAUCGUCCAGAAAACGGUCCAGGAAGAAACUGGCUCUGGCAGUGAAGGAGAAGACCGUCGUGAGCGGCGGUGGCAUCGACCUGGAGUCCAGUGGGGAGUUUGCCAGCGUGGAAAAGAUGCUGGCCACCACCGACGCCAACAAGUUCAGCACCUACCUGCAGACCGGAGCUGCAGACCUGGGAGGAAAGAGAGAUGGUGACGGAGGGGAGGAGAAGGAGGGAGGAGUGAAGGAGGAGGCGAAGCCUGCGGCGGCGGCGGCGGCGGUGGUGCCUCUGUCCAAAGGGAAGAAAAACGCCUACUCCAACUCUGUCCAGAAGAUGACCUGCCCCUUCUGCCCCCGAGUAUUCCCCUGGGCCAGCUCUCUGCAGAGACACAUGCUGACACACACCGGUCAGAAACCGUUCCCCUGUCCGAGGUGCGACGCCUUCUUCUCCACCAAAUCCAACUGCGAGCGCCACUUGCUGAGGAAACACGGUGUGACCCACAGGACGCUGCGACGCAACGGCGCCCUCAUGAAGAAAGAGGGAGACGAAGGCUCGCACGAGAGCGCAGAGAGUCAGUCAGAGACGGAGCAGGUUGCCACGGAAGCACAAGACCUCAGCGGCGCCAACUCGUCCACAGACUCUGGCUCCGCCCCCACCGCGGAUAGCCCCGCCCCGUCUGAGCAGAAGGGGGCGGGGUCGACAAAAACGAGCCCCACCUCAAAACAAAGCCAAGGUUGCAGUCCAGCCGAUAAUAGUGCGGAGCAGUCGGAGACAGAAGCCACAGAGCAACCGGACCAGCAGGGGGCGCCAGAGACCAGAGCAGCGCAGGGAAAACAGCCUCCGCUGAGCAGCAGCGCCAAGGUGGAAAGCACAGAUGACGACGACUGCCACAGCAACAAAAGUCUGGACCUGAACUUUGGCAAAAAGCUCAUCGACUUCAAGCUCUCCACAUCGUCGGGCUCCGCUCAGGAAGAACAAACCUCCCAGCCCGCCUCCUCUUCAUCUUCCUCCCCAUCAUCUUCUACCUCUGCUCCCCAAGCAGCAACAGAGAGCCCGGAGAAGGAGGAGGAGAAGGAGAAAGGCGCCGCGGCCGCCACCUCCUCCUGUUCUGGCAGCCCUGUGGCGAAGCAGCAGCCGGAGUACAAACACGUCUGUCGAGUUUGCAAGAAGAGUUUCCGCUACGCCACCACCCUCGCUCGGCACGAGAGGGCGCACCUCUCCGAGGAGACGCCCACUCCGGCGCCGGCGGAGGAGGCGCCGCCGGUGAAAGAGGAGGCGACGGAGAGCCACGCCAGCAAGCCGGCUGAGGAGGAGAAAGACGAGGAGCAGAAGAAGGAGACGGAGAUGGACCUGGAGGACGGAGGAGCGAGGGGAGGUGACAGCGAGGCGGGGGAGAGCGGGGAGUCGGAGGAGGAGGAGAAGGAGAAGGAGGAGAGGAGCGACGAGGAGGCGUCGGAACCAAAGAGUUUGGAGGGAGGAGAGGCGUCAAGAGGACGAGUGGAUAAGAGGAAGAAGAUCUGCAACGUCUGCGGCAAACGAUUCUGGUCUCUGCAGGACCUGACCAGACACAUGAGGUCACACACAGGUGAGCGGCCCUACCAGUGUCAAACCUGCGAGAGGACUUUCACACUGAAGCACAGCCUGGUUCGUCACCAGAGGAUCCACCUGAAGCCCCGCGGAGCCGACGGAUCCUCCGCCGCAAACGACGACGCCAGCGAGGACGGAGACUCCUGCACCCCGACCCCGACCUCCACCUGCCCGCCCUCGGAGAAUGAGAGCGAGUGCGGGAGCGGCUUCGCCGGGGCCAAGGAGCUGGAGGAGGAAAACGCAAAAGAGGAGGGAGAGGGUCAGCGGGACGCCGGUGAUGGAGCGGAAUCGGCCGCGGCGGAGGAGGAAAACCCCGCAAAACCAGCAGAGUCCGGCGCGGAUUCAGAACCGCCAGCUGCUGUCGCUUCUGAAGACCCGGACGCCGAGGAAAAAUCCGAACUCUCUGCAGACUCUGCCACGCAGCAGCCCUCCACCAGCACAACUCCCAGCCAACAAGCUACUGACACAAAGACAACUACUAGCGACGACUCCGCAGCCAGCGACCCGAAAUCCACCCCCGACCCAAACACCUCCAAAGACCCCUCUCCCUCCGCCUCCGGCUCUCCGCCAGGGGAGGCCGCAACAGACACCCCCGCAGAGGGCUUCAUCCAGGGGCUGCUGGAGAUCCACGCCAAGUCCUCUCUGGAGCACAUCCUGCCCAACGGAGAGCCUCCUCUGGUCGGGGUAGACUGAGAGGAAACUCCCUCGGCUGCCUCAACCAACAUCACCACAGUGCCAUACCACGGAAAGACGCUACACCAUUGAUGAUGAGGAUGAUGAUGCAAAAACCAGCCCAGAAAACUUUUUUUGAUAGAAAGACGAAAACCUCGUUUUCUUGAAGUGCCUUACUACUAGUCCUACUUCUAUGAUGUUUUUUGCUAUAUCUUUAUCUGCAUUAUUACGGAGGAUGGAUCUAAUUUUUAUAGCUUUUUAUGAUGACAAUGAUUUGCAUUACUAUUUUUUUGUGCGGGGAAUCUAUAUUUCAGCAAUAAAAAGAAUAAAGUUACAAUUUAUUAUUGUUCUAGAUUCUGUUUGAGAAUUUAUGAUCAACUUAGGAGACGCAGAGAGACAGACAAAGACUGAGAUGGACUGUCAUUAUCUGCGAUUGUUCUUCUGUAUUUAAAUCACAGCUGGGCUACAGCCACACACCGGAGACUGAGCAAUCCGAUUUUAAGAUUUGAACCAGCUUCUUUGAGAACGAACUAGUCAGGGUGGGGAACUUGACUUUUUUUUGGUCCGUCAGCCACAGCAGCUUUUCAGACGUCAGAACUCCCCCGCCGCGUCUCCUGCGCGACCGGCCGUUUAGAUAUGUCUGGAUAAGACCGAACCCCGGAGGCGAUGGCUGGUGGCGCCCCGUUUCAGCGGCAGAUAACGGCCACCGCGGAUGUCUGGUGGCCGUCUCCCGCCGUGUGGCCAAGGAAGCUUUUUGUAACUGGAAAACACAGAAGGGCCGGCGCCUCGUCGUCUUUUUUUUUUUUUUGGCUCGCUUCCGCACCAAUCCCCAUCUCACGGCUGGCUCGGGGAAAAAAAAACAACAAAAAAACACACACACACACACACACACACACACGCACACAAAAACAUUCACGAACUUGACAAAGUCGCACCAGAUUUCUGUGUGAAAACUCCUGAAAGGGCAGACAAUAGUGUUGAUCAGUCUGUGUUCUCCAUGUUGUUGUUUUUUUUUUUUU